AUGCCUGGGAAAAGGUCUCUAAAUCCAACUGUCAUCCCAAGUGCCAAAAGGGAACGGAAGGCAAUUACCCUUGACAUCAAAUUAGAAGUGUUAAGACGAUUUGAAGUGGGUGAGAAGCUCAGCCAGAUCGCAAAGGCCUUAGGCCUCGCUGUCUCCACGGUGGCGACCAUCCGUGAUAAUAAAGAAAAAAUUAAAGCAAGUUCACGAAUAGCUACACCUUUGAGAGCCUCUCGGCUGACUCGCCACCGGAGUGCAGUGAUGGAGAACAUGGAGCGGUUGUUGAGCGUGUGGCUCGAAGACCAGAGCCAGCGGAAUGUGCCCCUGAGUGUCUCCAUCAUUCAGGAGAAGGCUAAGAGCUUGUUUGAUGACUUACAGCGUGAACAGGGUGAAAGCUCUCAAGCAGAAAAGUUUAAUGCAAGUAAAGGGUGGUUUGCGAGGUUCAAGGAGCGCCAUUGUUUACCCCACUUCAAGAUGAACAGCACUCCUCUCAGCAGCAAUGUGGAUGCGUAUCCAGAAGUGUUGAAAAGCAUCAUCGAAGAAGGUGAGUACACCCCCCAGCAAGUUUUUAACGUAGAUGAGACCGGGCUUUAUUGGAAGAGGAUGCCGGAAGGAACGUUUAUUUCUGUGGAGGAGAAAGCUGAGCCAGGGUUUAAAUCAUCGAAAGAUCGCUUGAUGCUUCUUCUUGGUGGCAACGCAGCUGGGGACUUCAAGUUGAAACCCCUGCUGGUAUACCACUUGGAAAACCCUGCAGCUCUGAAGGGGUACUCGAAGCCCAACUUGCCUGUGAUUUGGCGCUCAAACAAAAAGGCUUGGGCCACCAGGGGCAUCUUCCAUGAAUGGUUCACGUACUUCUUUUGUCCUGCAGUUGAAAAAUACUGUGCUCAAAAUAAUCUCACCACCAAAGCAUUGCUCAUCCUAGACAGCGCACCAUGCCACCCAGUGAACCUGAGUGAUCUGUCUGAUAACGUAAGAGUAGAGUACCUUCAUGACAGUACAGCUGAUGCAGUCCAGCCCAUGGGUCAAGGUGUGGCCUCCGCCUUUAAAGCUCAUUACCUGAAAAGGACUUUUGAACACAUCCUGGAAGCAACCGGCGGGGAGGAUAAGGCUACAAUCAGGGAGUUUUGGAGGAACUAUGACAUUAUGGAUGCUGUGGACAACAUUGCAGUAGCUUGGGAGGAGCUCAAACCAGCAACAAUGAACAAUGUAUGGAAGAAGAUUUGGCCUGAGUGUGUUCGCUUCCAGAGUUUUUCCCAAACAGAUAGCAUUGCAUGGCUUCAGCAAAACAUUGUGACCCUUGCCAAGAAUAUGGCCUUUGAAGAGGUUAUAAAUGCUGACGUGGGCCAGUUGCUGCGGUCCCACGAAGAAGAUCUCUCAAAUGAGGAGCUGAUGCAGCUGGAGCAGGAACGGAAAGCAGGAGAGGAAGAGAGUGAAGAUGAUCCCGCUGCCCUGCGGCAGUUGACCACAGAAGCUUUGUCGGUGGCCUUCUCACAUUUUGAGGCUGGCUUGCAGAUCCUCACCAGUAACAGCCCUCACGAUGAGUGGAAAUUGAAAGUUUCAAGAGCAAUCAAUGAUGCAAUAAACUGCUACAGAGAAUUGUACAAUGAGAAAAAGCGACGAUCAAAGCAGCUGUCUUAG